GUCGCUUUUGGCUUAUCCACCGAAACAGAGACUCGUUGAUUCGUGAAGCCGAAAACAAAAAAAAAUGGUAAUUCUCAGCAACGUCUCGUUGUUCUCCUGCUGCAACGUCUCUCAGAAACCAUCUCUCUCUUCUCUCUCCAACUCUCCGUCUUCUCGUAAUUCUCAUUGUCCCCUUCGUUACUCUCAGGAAGGAAAAGAAGUUGUUGUUAGUCCUUUGAGAAGUGUGGUUUGGUCAUUAGGAGAAGAGGUUUCAAAGAGAAGUCUACUUGCACUUGUCUCUGCUUCUCUCUUCUUUGUUGAUCCUGCUCUUGCUUUUAAGGGUGGAGGUCCCUAUGGACAAGGAGUCACCAGGGGACAGGACUUAUCCGGCAAAGAUUUCAGUGGCCAGACUCUUAUCAGGCAGGACUUCAAGACGUCCAUCCUAAGGCAAGCCAACUUCAAGGGUGCGAAGUUGUUAGGUGCUAGCUUCUUUGAUGCAGAUCUAACAGGUGCUGAUUUAUCAGAAGCUGAUCUCCGAGGUGCAGAUUUCUCCUUGGCAAACGUAACAAAGGUGAAUUUAACGAACGCUAACUUGGAAGGAGCGACUGCUACUGGAAACACAUCAUUCAAGGGAUCAAAUAUUACAGGCGCAGACUUCACCGAUGUCCCUCUAAGAGAUGAUCAACGAGAAUACCUUUGCAAAAUCGCGGAUGGUAGAGUUAACGCUACCACUGGGAAUGCAACGCGGGACACAUUGCUCUGCAACUAAACUGUGAAAUCUAAAUACAUGUAUAAGCAAAUAAAGCAAGUAAAGCUUAUAUACAUGUAUUAAACUAUAUAAAUACAGAUUGCUAUAUAUAAUAAAAUCUAAAGCUUUGGACUGUGGGAGUCUUCUUCUUAUAAUUUUUUUUCGAGGUUUGAGCAUUGUGUAGCUUUUUGUGCAUGUUGUUGCAGAGAAUGUGUGUGUAUAUUGUAUUGUUUACUAAUCUCAAGCUUGACCUUGAGAGAUUGAUUAUGUACGCUACUUAACUUCCA